CUUUAAUCUGUAACAUAGUCUCUAAUCUGUGUUCCUAAUCCUAUAGAAUUUGUAAUUAUCUAAGUUUGUUUCUAAAAAAAUAUUUAUUUAUUAGAUAUAGGUACUAUAGUUAACUAAAUUACCUAUUUACUUUUUAUUUUAAACAUCAAACUAUUGACUCUAUAAAAUGGAAUCUGUGUAUAGUAAUCCAUUAAGACAAAAGAUAAAUAAGAUUUUUGAUAGCCAUUUAUUAACUGAUAACAGUGAAGCUCUCAAUAAUAUUUCUGGUUUGUGCUCAUCAAAUUCUUCGUAUACAAGAAGAGUUCUUUUAAAUGAGGUUGAAAAAAAAGAUGUACUAUUGAACAAAGCAGUCUUAGUCGAGUAUAACAAGGUCAAUGAAAAAUUACAUUUACUAUUGAAUUCCUUAACAACAUUAGAUGUGGCAGUUAAAGAUAUGUCGACUAGAUUAAUUGAUACUAAAACUAAAACUCACCAUUUGAUAACACAAACUACUAAGUUAAAAGAUGAAAGAAAGAAAACAGAGAAGAAACUUAUGUGGGUUGAUACAUUUGUAAAUAAUUUUCAGAUUUCGCAAGAACAAAAUGAGUAUUUAUAUAAUGUAUCAAUUAAAACGCCCUUAACAAUAGACUUCUUCAAUACUUUAUCUCAAAUAGAAAAAUUAUACAACAACUGUAAAACUCUUGUAAAAUGUUGGUAUCAAACUUCUGCUUUUGAUAUAAUGGAAAUCAUUGGCCUUCAGCAAGAAAUGGCAAUAGAAAAGUUAUACCAUUGGACUAUUGGGGCUUGUGUCAGUGUUGAUUCACCAAACAAUGCUUUAGUGCCCAAGGCUUUAUCAAAAUUUCAAAACAGACAAGUUUUGUUUUCAAAUAUUAUUGAUGAGUAUUGUUCAGCUCGGAAAGCAAUUACUGUUCAGUCAUUUAUUGAUGUCUUGACUAAGGGUAAUGAUAAUUCAAAGCCAAUAGAAUUUUAUGCCAAUGAUGCUAAACGUUAUAUAGGAGAUAUUUUGACUUGGGUUUAUCAAAUUAUACCUAUUGAAAAAGAAAAUCUCAAUACGCUUUUUAAACAUUGUAACAUGCAAGAUAAAAUGCAACAAAUAACAGAUGCAUUAACCAGCAUUAUGGAAGCUAUCUGCCCACUGCUGAAAGUAAGAGCUGAACUUAUAUUGAAACCAGAUAAAGACCCGCUGGUUUUGUGGUCUAUUAACAAUUUAUUAAUCUAUUAUAAAGAAGUUAUACAAUCUUUGCUACUAAAAGGCCAUUUAAUAGACACAUUUGAAGAAUUGUUGAAAAAAAGUGAGGAAGUAUUCUUGAUAACACUAGAUAAGAAAAUUCAGAAAGAAUUGAGUCAUGGAGUUAAAGCCCCUCCUAUGGAUUUAAAUCCAUCUGUUGUUGUAACAGACUUAGUUAGCUUCUUACGAGAUUUAUUAGGUGUUAUGAAUAUUUCUAACAAUAUCAAUAACAACAACAGAAAAAUUAUAAUAACCCAUAUUUUAGAUCCUUUGUUAAAAGCUGUAAAUGAAACUGCAUGCCAUUUGAGUUCUACUGAUAUGUCUGUUUAUAUGUUGAAUUGCAUUUAUCAUAUUCAAUGCACUUUAUCAUUGUAUACUGUUAUGGAUGAUUAUAAUGAAAGGUUACAGGCACAGUCAGAAGCACAAAUUGAUACAUUAACAUCUGAACAAGCUAGUUAUCUUGUUGCUAAUUUAAAUUUAGGCCCAAUUUAUACUAUCUUACAAGAAAAAAUUAGUGGACCACUCUCAACCAUACCAGGCAUGGACACAUCAACACUGAAAACAUUUCUUAAUAAAUUUGAUAUGUUUCUGGUGUCUCCAGAUGUUUAUAUAUUGCCACAGUUAAACUUGCUUCUUAGUCACUCUCACAAAUCCUAUGUAAAAAAACGUGCUUUUGAAGUUAUAUUGGCUAUAUAUACUCAACUGUACCAAGCAGUUCAAGAUCCAAAUAAUGGAUAUUUAGAUCCUCUUAUGAUAGUUCGUAGAACACCAGAAGAAGUUAUAAGUUUACUGAAGUAAAUGUUUUAAAAAUUGUAAAUAAAAUUAACAUACUGUUAUACAUUUAUUAUAUUCGUUUAACAAUUGUAAAAUAAUACACAUUUUAUUAUGUAUUAUUUUAAAUUACUAUUGAAGUUAUUAGGUUGGUUCCCAACCAUGUCUUAGCAAUAUUCCACUAGUUUCAGUUUCCAAUGAUAGAAGUAUCAAUAUAUUUCCGUGAAAGAAUUCUUAGAAAAUAAAUUAUAGUUAUAGUAAAAUAUUAAAUUAUUGGAAUUUUA